AGUUUUUACUUGCUACCCGCACCGCACCUGACAUUAUGUUCUAAUUCCCAAUUUACCCAUUAGAACAAAACGUAGUAUAGAAGAAUCUUAAACAUUCUCGAAUCUUGACUCAAAUCAAGCACUCCGGCGGUGGUUAUCGUCCUCGACUUCACCGGAGAAUGCAAACAGCCUGAGCUAAACUAAUCAGUCGUUUUCCGGUAAAAUUUGCAGAUCGCCACCCUCCUCGCCGCCAUGUCGAUCGAGGAGCUGAAAUCUGUUAUGGAAGAACAUUUUGAUCUUAUGUCAGAUCUUGUUCAGAAAAUUUCUUCUGAACUUAGUUCUAACCUUCGUCCUGCUUACGAUAACUUUUUGGGUUUUUUUCAUGCCAUUGAUUGGAAGGAACCCUGGCUACUGGGAUUGUUAACAUUCCAUGUUGUAUUGCUGCUUGUAACUAUCAUCUCUAGGAGGAAUACCAACUUUCAGAUGUUCUUGUUCCUUUUGACGUUGGCUGGUGUAUAUCUUGCUGAGAGACUGAAUAGUUUUUUGGGGGGAAAUUGGAAAAACUUCUCUAGUCAAAACUAUUUUGAUCCGAGUGGAGUAUUUAUGUCGGUUCUUUGGUCUGGACCUCUUCUUGCAUUGGCUAUGAUAAUCCUGAUCAAUACACUCUUCUCUCUGUGUUACUUGAUUGUUAAGUGGAAAAGAGCUGAACUAAGACAUCGUGCAAGGGCUGCUCGUAGUAAACAAGAAUAAUUGAUCUAGUGGGAUUUUGAUGCAUUAAAUGUAGUCACAUUUUGAUGUAUUAAGUAUGGAUUUUGUGUCAAUCAGGUGAACCAUACAAAAGAGUUUUGUCUUUCUUUUUUCCUUAUAUACAAAGUUUUUUAUUGAUA